GCUAUAAAAUGAAGGAACCUACUGUAACCGGGACGCACGCUGUAGUUGGAGUUUCUUUUGUGAACUCCCAUACAGAAACUAAAGUCACUCCAAUGCUUUAAUCAGCGGUCUCACAGAGAGACAUCGCUGUCGGUUUACUCUCACUUGCAAGCCGAAAACUCUUCAUCAAGUCGCCGGGCAGAGACAGCAGAGCCAUGGCAGGGGACGGGUCAGACCAGCGGGCGCUGCAGUAUGAACAAACGCUGAUGUAUGGGCGCUACACCCAGGAGCUCGGGGUGUACGCCAAAGAGGAGGCCGCUCGGCUGAGGGAGAGUGGGCAGAGGCGAUCGGUCAGCGACCGAAGCCGGACUCUGGACCUCCUGGAGUACGACAAGGGACGCUGUGCCAAGUGUCGCAUCUGCACGGUUCGCUGUCAGAAGUUCCUGAUCUCACGGGUCGGGGAGGACUGGAUCUUCCUCAUCCUGCUGGGACUCCUCAUGGCCCUGGUCAGCUGGGUGGUGGACUUCUGCAUCGCCAUCUGUCUACAAGCACAGAAGUGGAUGUACGGUGGUCUGGACAGUAACGUGUUUCUGCAGUACCUGGCCUGGGUCACUUACCCUGUAGUCCUCAUCACCUUCUCUGCAGGCUUCACCCAGAUUCUCGCCCCCCAGGCUGUUGGCUCAGGUAUUCCAGAGAUGAAGACCAUCCUGAGAGGAGUUGUGCUAAAGGAAUACCUCACCUUCAAAACUUUUGUGGCCAAAGUCAUCGGCCUCACCUGCGCCCUGGGCAGCGGCAUGCCCCUGGGCAAGGAGGGUCCGUUUGUGCACAUCGCCAGUUUGUGUGCUGCUCUCCUCAGCAAGUUCAUGUCUCUGUUUGGAGGAAUCUAUGAGAAUGAGUCGAGAAACAUUGAGAUGCUGGCAGCAGCCUGCGCUGUGGGAGUGGGCUGCUGUUUUGCUGCCCCCAUAGGAGGUGUAUUAUUCAGUAUUGAAGUAACAUCUACGUUCUUUGCGGUGAGGAACUAUUGGAGAGGUUUCUUUGCUGCUACCUUCAGUGCCUUCAUCUUCAGAGUACUGGCUGUUUGGAACAGAGACGAAGAGACCAUCACAGCCCUUUUUAAAACCCGCUUCCGGCUCGACUUUCCCUUUGACCUCCAGGAGCUUCCUGCCUUCGCCGUCAUUGGUAUUGCCAGUGGUUUCGGUGGGGCUUUGUUUGUCUACCUGAACCGACUGAUUGUGCAGUUCAUCAGGAAACAGAAGGCCAUCAACAGAUUCCUCAUGAAAAAACGGCUUCUGUAUCCAGCACUGGUCACUUUGCUUGUUUCCACUCUAACAUUUCCCCCUGGCUUUGGACAGUUUAUGGCUGGCAAGCUGACCCAGAAGGAAUCUCUGGUGACAUUACUGGACAACAGGACGUGGGCCAAACAGGGCAUCGCUGAGGAGUUUGACUACAUCGGACACUCUCAGGCCUGGAAACACCCGCAGGUCAACGUCUUCGUCACCCUGGUCCUCUUCAUCGUCAUGAAGUUCUGGAUGUCUGCCCUGGCCACCACCAUCCCAGUGCCCUGUGGAGCCUUCAUGCCGGUAUUUGUUAUUGGGGCAGCUUUUGGUCGUCUGGUUGGAGAAAGCAUGGCAGCCUGGUUCCCAGAUGGCAUUCACACAGAUGGCACCAUCUACCCCAUAGUGCCAGGAGGCUACGCCGUCGUGGGUGCGGCGGCCUUGUCCGGAGCGGUCACCCACACUGUUUCCACCGCAGUCAUCGUGUUCGAGCUGACUGGCCAGAUCUCCCACAUCCUGCCGGUGAUGAUAGCAGUGAUCCUGGCCAAUGCCGUCGCCCAGUCCCUGCAGCCCUCCCUGUAUGACUCCAUCAUCAGGAUCAAGAAGCUGCCUUACCUCCCGGAGCUGGGCUGGGGGCACCACGAGAAGUAUAAUAUUCGGGUUGAGGACAUCAUGGUGCGGGACGUGCGGUACAUCACACUCAACUGCUGCUACAGAGACCUGCAUAAUGUCCUGCUGACGGGCCACCUCAAGACUCUGGCUCUGGUGGAAUCAGCUGAGUCCAUGAUCCUGUUGGGCUCCAUUGAGCGUGCCCAGCUCCAGGCGCUGCUCUCCAUGCAGCUUGGCCGCCCCAGAAGGCUAGAGUACAUCAAGGAGCGAGCCAUGGAGGAGAAGAAACGCCUGUCGGUUGUGUCAAACGUUGGCAGCGAGGACGGGAGUCACCGGGCCAGUCAGGAGGUCCGCUUCCAGAUCUCUACCGAGGAGUCAUCCUUCAGCCCUACUCGUCCAAUCCCUCAGAAGCCCCUCAAACCAGCACUGAAGAGACCCUCUGUGGUGGAGCGACCCACUGAGAUUCCCACCAGUCCACAGGAUAAUUCGGGCAUCGCUUUAAAGAACCUGUUCUGUGCCAGCCCAGACACAGAAGGCCUGGAGAAAAACAACAACAUGGAGAGCCCCUCGUCUCCUGAACACAGGAGGCCAUCCAAACGAGUCCGGAUAUCCGUAGUGGAUGACGUAGAUGUGGAGGAUGACAUGACUAUUAGAGAGAUUGCAGAGUGGGAGGAGAGGCAGCUUGAUGAGCAGGUCAAUUUUAACAACUGCAAAAUCGACCCCGCCCCGUUCCAGCUGGUGGAGCGCACAUCGCUGCAUAAGACCCACACCAUCUUCUCUCUGCUCGGCCUUGACCACGCCUACGUCACCAGCAUCGGACGCCUCAUUGGGGUGGUUUCCCUGAAAGAGCUUCGCAAGGCCAUUGAGGGCUCUGUGACAGUGAAGGGUGUGAAGGUGCGCCCUCCUUUGGCUAGUUUCCGGGACAGCGGCACCAGCAGCAGCGAGAACGAAGCCACUGAGCUCCACAAGCUGUGGGAUCGCCACAAGAGCAUGUCGCUGCCCCGGGAACACACCCCCUCCGAGUCCGACGAGAAAUCCCAGUGAGGGAAAGUAGAGGAGGAGGAGGAGCAAGAAGAGCAGGUGGAGGAGGAGGAGGCAUUGAGAUUUUGAAUCUCCCAAAGCCACAAACAUGCAAAAAUCCUCAGGGCUUCGGAUCAAUAUUUAAUUCUGGAAAGAGUCCCACCGCUAGCCUCUUCGCAACUCUUCAUUUCUCUCCUCAUCUACCCCUCUUUCUCUCCACCAUCCACUUUGCUUCAUGGACCCACCACUGCUCUCUCCGGGAGUCUUGCACUGACCAAGCCAGACACUCCAUGCGGGAGAGGAACACCUCAACCUGUGCCCUGCUCUCCAUUUACCCUCGGGAACCCACAGCAGAGUGAAUGUGGAUUUGGGGGAAUGGGAAUGGGUUGAAAGCGUUAAAAAGGGAUUUUUUUUAGUAGACUUUGUUGUUGGUAUUGGAUCUUAAGAGUUGAGAUCAAAGUUUGGAUCUGCAAAAGAUACCUUUUGAAUGAGUCUUCCACUUGAGAAAUUAAGCAUCAACGACAAGGAAGACUAAUGCGUGCUUGUACUGUACGUGUGAGUGUAUGUGAAAAAA